AUAAACGUUUCAGCGGCUCCGUCAAGCAAACGCCGAGACAUGGAUGUCAUGAAGCUGAUGAUGACUGAUUACAAAGUGGAGACCAUCAAUGAUGGCAUGCAAGAAUUCUUUGUUGAAUUUCACGGACCUAAAGACAGUAUUUAUCAAGAAGGUGUGUGGAAGAUAAGAGUGGAGUUACCUGAUGGUUAUCCUUAUAAGUCUCUUUCUAUUGGUUUUGUCAACAAAAUUUACCAUCCUAAUAUAGACGAAUUGUGAGUUGUUCAUAACCAACUAAACCUUCUUUGUUUUCUAACGGACAUUGAAUGAGUUUUAAGAAGGAAGUCUAGGGUUCAAACCCUGGAAACUAACAUAACUACUAACUUAAUAAAAUUUUCAUAUCCAAAAGAAAGCUUCAUUGUUUUGUAUUGUAUAUAAGAAGCACCAUUGUCUUCUGUGGAACCUGUAUUGGCUGUUGCGCCUGUGCACACAAACUGUUAUACUCAAUAGCUGAUCAUGUCCACUCUACUUCAAUCCUCUUUCAUUUCUUCAUCUUCCAUCUCUCCGAUCACUCCCCGUCUCGCUCGCAUCUCCCUCCGUAACGCCGUCAGAUGCAAUAAUGCCGUAGUCUUUUUGAACUCGGCGAACGGAAUUCCAUAUCGUUCCGCUGAACUUUCAGCUAACGGUUCAACUUCCAUUCCGAGUUUUCUCGUGGCGCCUAACACUCGUAUCCAUGAUCUCGUUAACAUAAAUCGUCUUCGCAUAUUCUCCGGUACUGCCAAUCCCGCACUCGCUCAGGAAAUUGCAUGCUAUAUGGGCCUGGAUUUGGGAAAAAUUAAGAUAAAGCGUUUUGCUGAUGGUGAAAUAUAUGUCCAACUGCAAGAGAGUGUCAGAGGGUGUGAUGUGUUUGUUGUGCAGCCCACAUGUCCCCCUGCGAAUGAGAAUCUUAUGGAGCUUCUAGUAAUGAUAUAG